ACCUCUGACAGUAACGUCGAUGCUCUUUAAGUUCCUUUAUACUGUACUCCGAUUGUACUUCUCUUUCUCAGUGAACUGACGGUUCUUUACAAGGAACAGUUGGACGCGUAUACUGUCAUACUUUCCAAUUGGAACCACGAACUUGACGUACCGAAUAAACAUCGUAUGACAUUAUUGAUAAUCUCGCACUCUCUUUCCGUACAACUACACGCAGCACCUCAAUUUCAACCUGGCCUCGAUACACCCAACCAUCAUUAUCGUUGACCUACGUGUUCCUCUCUAUUCUCAUUCGUCUGACAGCAACAAACCACCAUGACCUUGCCGACUGCAUCGGUCUCGAUGUUCAAACUGUCGCUGACAGCCAGAACAAGUAGAAUGGGGACCGCAAAACGUUCAACACGUUUGAGUAUGCCCACUGGCAAUCGACAUUUACGUUGCUUCGUUCAUUCCUCAACACGAAGGACCAACUUGAGUCGUCACUUGGCCACUUGUAGCCCAUUGAUAAUUGGCAUUCGCAGCGAAGACCCUCUGCGAAUUUGGGAGCGUCGAGUACCGCUCACGCCUGAAGAUGUGAAGGAUGUCCUGGAGGCUGCGAGAAGAGCAAAUGAGAGGUACAAGGAUAUGGAGUUCGAGUCGGAGAACAGAGAUUCACCGCCGAGCAUACAUUCGCAUUCUGAUUCAGCGUCCAGACUCAAACCCAAGGCUAAAGCCUCUACGUCCAACCUUUCACAACCUGCCAACGACCCAGCCGGCUCAGAAACACCGUUUGUCCCUGAAUUUCUCCCUUACCCACUCGAAAUCCACAUACAGCCUUCCUCGAAGCGUAUAUUUCCCGACUCUGCUUAUGUGGAAGCAGGAGCGAAGGUCACAGACGAUUUGAGAGACGCGCAUGUAUUGCUUGGGAUCAAAGAGGUUGGUGUCGAGGAGGUGAUGCGUGAUGCUACUGAAGAACCUGGGAAGUUAUUGAGCGUGAAAGAUGCAAAGAAGAUGAAGGUGGCUAGAACAUAUAUGAUGUUCUCACAUACAGCCAAGGGACAGGAGUAUAACAUGGCUUUACUCGACCGGUUUUUGGAGUCGGAAUUAGAUCUUCCCUCGCAAACUUCCUCCCCCUCUGCCAUAUCCUCAGAAUCGCGUCUACCAACUCUAAUUGACUACGAGCUACUCACCUCGUCCUCUUCGGGUAAACGAACUCUUGCGUUCGGCUUCCAUGCAGGUCUGGCAGGCACACUUCUCUCCCUCUACACCCUCGGUGCAUAUUUCUUCCGCGAAUUCGGAAUCCAGACUCCUUGGCUGUGGACGCCGUUACCGCAUCUGCCUUUACCGAAGAAUUUGAACUCUUCGGAUGCAACGAGGACGAUCUCCUCGCCUUCACGGGAGCCUCAAUUGAAAAAAGCUUCGAUUUCGGACUUGGAUGCAUUAUCAGUCCCCUAUCCGCAUACCCUUCCUUUUACCCCAGACCUCGAUGCUUCACUGCCGGGUGUGGACGAACUAAGGAGAGCUUUGAGAGAUGUCGUUGGAGGAAUGAUCAGGGCAACGAAGGAUGGGACUGGCGAGCAAUUCGGGCCUUGUGUUAUAGGUGUUACUGGAUCAGGCAAUGUCUCUCAAGGCUGCCUCUCCAUGCUUUCAGAGCUUCCACAUCGCUUUGUGGAGGUGAACGAGCUACCCGACCUCGUUCUGCACCGUGAACACAAAGGCAGUCGGAUCGAAUUGGACUUAUUAUACGUCGUCUGUAUCAAGCCAGAGGAUUAUCUCGUUCGGAAAGAUUCCCUAGCUUCCUCUCAUUCUCUAUCUCCCACUUCCGAAUCCUCAACGACUUUCUCCCCAUCCUACUCCCGUUCAGACUACCACACCUCGCCUUCCUCCUACACCUCCAUAUUCCCUACUCGUAUCGCGCCGUAUCUCACGCUUUUGCUGAACGGAGCCGGAUGGGCGCCGGGGUAUCCGAAGAUGAUGAGUGAGGAGGGAGUCAAAACUGCGGGAAAUGUGAUUGACGAGAUGGAUGAGAACAAGAGGAAGGGAAGGUUUGCGGUCGUUGGGGAUAUUAGCUGUGAUCCGUAUGGGGGCCUUGAAUUCGUGACUCACGCUACAACACUCAGCAUGCCAUUCUAUAAGAUGGAGCACAUUUCUUCUUCGUCUAAUGGUUCUUCCCCUGCUUCCACUUCCCAGAACCCACCAAAGAACCCGGUAUACGUACAAUCCGUAGACAUCCUGCCUGCCUCUUUACCUGUCGACGCUUCGAAGCAUUUCUCAAACGGCUUGAAGAAAUAUUUGUGGGGUGUUGUUAGGCAGUACGCCUCCGGGCUCGAAGUCAAAAAUGUCGCUUUUCAAGAGACGAGGGAAGCAGAGACACGGGACGAGAUCAAGGAAGUGGAAGCCGCUCUUAAACGAGCAACUAUCGCCUGCGGAGGUCGACUUGCUGGACGAUUCGCCGAGGAAGGGUUUUUAGGUGCCAAGGUGGGCGCGUAUCGUGCUAAGCGAGACGCUACUGCUGUCGAUAAUUUGACUGGACCCUUCUAUGGAGGGUCGAAGAGAUCCCUGUCGUCUCUGUCAUCCGGCUCUUCCUCUUCGUUUACAACGUCUCCUGCAUCUUCAAUGUUAUCACCACCCUCGUCCCCGCUCCCACCUCUGCCUACCUCACCGAAACACCCUAAACAUCCGAAACGUAUCCUCCUUCUCGGCUCAGGUAUGGUUGCCGGACCCGCUAUUCGGUGGAUCAUGCAGCGGAUCAUGAAGGAGAAAGAUGUGGUGCUUGUCGUUGCGGGUAAAGAACGUGGUGAGUUGGAAAGGCUGAAGGGGUUAGCAAGAAGUAUUCCCGAUAACGUUCGCGAAAUGGUGACAUUCCGCCAAGUGGAUAUAGCCGAGGAGGAUGAGGUGAGGAAGAUGGUUAGCGAUGUCGAUGUCGUUAUUAGUCUCCUUCCCGCCCCGCUGCACCCGCCUUUAGCCAAACUAUGUAUCGCUCAACGCACGCACCUCGUUACCGCGUCCUACAUUUCACCGGAGAUGCGAAGCCUAGAUCAUGCAGCGCAACAGGCAAAUGUCUUGUUAUUGAAUGAAAUAGGGCUGGAUCCGGGGAUAGACCACGUUUCAGCAAUUUCCAUGCUGGAGAGGCUGAAGGAGGAGGGAAAGGAAGUGAAGAGUUUCGAGAGUUUCUGUGGUGGACUGCCAGAGCCAGACCUACUUCGGUAUCCCGAGCAAGCAGAAAAUUCGAUGCACGGCGUAGGCGCAAACCUUGAUUAUCCUCCCGCCGGCCCUUUAUCCUACAAAUUCAGCUGGAGCCCGCGCGGGGUGUUGACUGCUGCAUUGAAUGGUGCGAGGUACAAGAUGGGGGGAAAUAUCGUCGAGGUGCCUGGAAUUGGGUUUUCUGGUAAAGGAACGGGAAUUUUGGCGCGAGAGAAUAUGUUCCCCAAUAUCGAUUUCGGAGAGUGUGAGCAUGACGGGGAGCUGCGUAAGCUUCAAGGAAUGUUGGAGGGGUUACCAAAUCGAGAUUCGUUGCCUUAUGCGGAGAUGUAUGGGUUGCCGGAUGGUACGAGGACCGUGCUAAGAGGGACUUUGAGAUAUAAAGGUUUCGCAGAGCUCAUGUUUCAUUUCCAUCAACAAGGCUUCCUGGAUAUGGAUCGGACGAUUGACCUCGAAUCCUCUUCUUCGUCUUUGUCCUCAAUCUCAUCAGAAUCCCGUGAAGAAUCGUCUCUUACCAGGAAUCACACAGCGCGAGCUCUUGAACGCGCCUGGACGGAGGUCGUUUUCGAAAUUCGUGCUCGCCCCUCCUCCUCCUCCUCCUUGUCUUUCUCUACGUCCUCUUCCACAAAAACCGAAGAUCCUCUAGCUAAUCCUAUCACAUGGUUAUUGAGUGCAGAAACUGGUGCACCUUCUACCACCAUCCAACAAUGGAUUGGCCUGCCACUCCUCCCUUCAUCUCCAACGACUCCACUGGACCUAUUCACACUCCUUCUCGCACAUAAGCUCCAAUACGAUGACGGGGAAAGGGAUAUGGUCGUGCUUGUGCAUAAGGUCAUUACAAGGGUUGCAACAGACAAACCAGUCCCCAACGUUGACGAAAUUGAAACUGAAGAAGAACUUCAUACCUCAUCUCUUGUUAUUUAUGGAUCUUACCACAAUUAUACUCAGAACGAGCGGUUCUACGAAUCCGCAAUGGCCCGUUCGGUUGGUAUACCAGUUGCCAUUGCAGCAUUGGCCGUUUUAGAUGGGGCCGUUGAGUCGAUUUCUACCCCGCGCCCAGUAUCGAUUAGAGGCGUCCACGGGCCAGGCCACAUCUCCAUUCGAGAACCUGUCCUCCAGGGCAUGCUUGAAGCUGGAAUCGGGAUGAGCGAGAGUGUAGCAAAUAUUCUAGUCAGAGAAAAGGAUGAAAUAAACGUUAGUGCCUCAAAGAGAAGGUGAUGAGCCAGAUGAGCCAGGGGUUUGUUGAUGAGAAGGACGGAUUUGAUUUCUUUUUCGUCAUCAUCGAUGGCAAAGUGGCACAUUCCUCUCACUUCUUCCAUUUUAUCAUAGCGAUGCCCCUGACAAAACGGCCAAUCGGUCUCUCCCCCGCUCGGUGUCUUGUAGCCUGAGUUGCAGGCUGGUUGCAGGUAAUUGAAACUUUCGAGGGCCUGAUCGAACUGACAUUACAUGUACACCAGUGUACACCAAGCUAUCGCAGCCGUCAGGCCUCCUCAGCUUAUUCCCUUCAGAUCAUCCCCCGACUUCCCCCACCUACCACACUCAUCUUGCUUCAUCACGAUGACAUUGGCAAUCGAAGGUGUAAGAACAAUGUAUCUGAUCACCUUGCUUGCAAUGGUCAUUGAACAUCCAGUACGAUUUUGGCUCGAAGUAUGCUAAUCCGGAUGGGGUCUAGCAGGUGCUUCCCCU